CCUCGCCGAACCACUUCUUUCUCACACCGUCGAGGUGCUCGUGUCUUCUUCUUCUUCACACUCUCCUUCGUCGUUCCUUUGGCUUCGACUGCCACCGUCUUGACACGCGCUUGCUUGUUUACUCCAGCAGCCCUUCAGCGCAACCCUCCGCAUACACCAACGCGGAGCACAUAGAUCUUGUUCACCAGCGUCGAUUGCAGCACACACACAAUGGGUCUGGACUGGCUUGAGGUCGGCGUUCCUACGCUGGACCGCCCCUUCGGUGUUGCCCUGUGGCCUAUCUUCGAAAAGGCUUUCGAGCCCAUCGCUGGCUAUAAGCCCCAGGAUUUCCGCUUCGUGCAGGGCGAGACUCCUCUCUCGACAUUCAAGAGUUGCGCAACCUUCCUUGUCACAUACUACAUCGUCAUCUUCGGCGGUCGCGAGUUGAUGCGUGGACGUGAGCCGUUCAAGCUCAACUUCCUGUUCAAGGUCCACAACUUCUACCUUACCGCCAUCUCUGGCAUACUUCUCGCGCUCUUCGCUGAGCAGCUGAUUCCCACGGUUGCCCGUCACGGUCUUUUCUACGCCAUUUGCGACCACAACGGUGGCUGGACGGACAAGCUGGUCAUUCUGUACUACCUGAACUACCUCACCAAGUUCGUCGAGCUGAUUGACACUUGCUUCCUUUUCCUCAAGAAGAAGCCCCUGACCUUCCUCCACACCUAUCACCAUGGCGCAACCGCUAUGCUCUGCUACACCCAGCUUAUUGGCCACACCCCCGUUUCCUGGCCGGUCAUCACCCUGAACUUGGCUGUUCACGUUGUCAUGUACUGGUACUACUUCCAGAGCGCGCGCGGCAUCCGCAUCUGGUGGAAGAAGUACAUCACAGUUGGCCAGAUCACCCAGUUCGUCCUAGAUCUCGGCUUCAUCUACUUCGCCUCGUGGACCUACUUCACCAGCACCUACGCUCCCCAGCUGCCCAACAUGGGCAAGUGCGCUGGCGAGGAGUUCGCUGCCAUCUCCGGAAUGAUCAUCAUCACUUCGUACCUGUUCCUCUUCAUCGGUUUCUACCUCGCCACAUACAAGAAGCCAGUGCCCAAGGGCCGCCGCAGGGCUACCAGCGCUUUGGUUGAGAUGAAGGAUGAGAAGGUCCCAACUGUCGGUGAAGCCCGCAGGCGCCUUUCUACCUCCCGUCCUGCCUCCAUCCUGUCUAACGGUGCUGCUACAGGUGCUUCGCCCAGCGGAACACCCAAUGGUCGCACUACCAGGAGCCGCAAGGCCUAAUUUCGCCGCCAUUUAUAGCCGCGCGGCAUAGUACCAAGCUGAACGAAGCGAAUUCAGAACGAACAGUCACAACUUGGAAAUUUCCGUGACUCAUCGACCAUGGCGGUGAGCUUUCGGCGCUCAUUUGGAGCCACAGUAUCAAGCUCGCGACUGCACGCACUAAACAGCGGUACCGCCUGCUAUGCAAGCCACGCCUUACCUUUCUUCAUUCUUUGGCACGACGCAGUCUGGAAGGCUGCGGUUUCGUAUUUCAUUGUAAUUGUUACGGUGUGGGGUUGCUCUCUUGAUGGCACCUCCUGUCACGAAAAGUCGCAACGGGAGUUGCAUGCAUGUAAGACUACAGUUGUUGGGAUUACGACGGUUAUACUGGGCGGUGUUGAUAUAGAUCUGCUGUACGGACCUAGGUCUAUACUGUUAUGUAAAUAGAGGCAUGAGAUAUAAUGCAUAUAAUU